UAAAACUGCUCCACGCUCCACACGCGGAUUACACCGCGCGCGUUCCCGGUUUCUCUCCCUUCUCCAGACCAGAACGCAGCAUGCAGACCCCAGACAACGUCCGCUUCUGGAGAUGGUUUCUAUUGUCCUGCCUCUUCCUGCAGAGUUCGUGCCAAGACUUCGGCGCACGGACGCAGUUCAUCUGCACCUCGGUGCCCAAGGACGCGGACAUUUGCGCGGCCACGCUGCGGAACAGCGUGCCGGGCGAGGACCUGAAGGGCACUGUGGCGCAGCUGCGGGAGAGCGUCCUGCAGCAGAAGGAGACCAUCAUGAACCAGAAGGAGACCAUCCGGGAGCUCACCUCCAAGUUGGCGCGCUGCGAGAGCCAGAGCGGGCCGGAGGCGGCGGGGGACGCGCGCCCCGGGGCCCGGCGGAAAGAGGCGGGCGCCAAGAACACCAUGGGGGACGUGUCCCGGGGCCCCGCGGACACUUUGGCGCAACUCUCGCAGACUUUGCAGUCGCUCAAGCAGAGGCUGGAGAAUCUGGAGCAAUUCAGUCGAAGCAACAACUCGGUGCAGGCCAACAGCCUCAAAGACCUGCUCCAGAGCAAAAUCGACGACCUGGAGAAGCAGGUGUUGUCCCGGGUGAACAGCAUCGACGAGGGGAGACCCGGACUCCGGAACGAGACUGAGCAGCGCGGGCGGGUGGAGUCCACGCUCACGUCGCUGCACCAGAGAAUCACAGACCUGGAGAAAGGUCAGCGAGAAAACAGGCCCCUGGAUAAGUUCCAGCUGACGUUCCCUCUGAGAACCAACUACAUGUACGCCAAGGUGAAGAAGAGUUUACCCGAGAUGUACGCCCUCACCGUUUGUAUGUGGCUCAAGUCCAACGCUUCCCCGGGAGUGGGCACGCCGUUCUCCUACGCCGUCCCCGGCCAGGCCAACGAGUUGGUCCUCAUCGAGUGGGGAAACAACCCCAUGGAGAUACUCAUCAACGACAAGGUGGCGAAACUGCCCUUCCUCAUCAACGACGGGAAAUGGCAUCAUAUCUGCGUGACUUGGACCACGCGCGACGGGGUCUGGGAAGCCUUCCAAGAUGGCGUCAAGAGAGGGAGUGGCGAGAACCUGGCGCCGUACCAUCCCAUAAAACCCCAAGGCUUGCUGAUCCUGGGCCAAGAGCAGGACACGUACGGGGGAGGAUUCGACGCCACGCAGGCCUUCGUCGGGGACCUGGCCAAUUUUCACAUCUGGGAUCGGAAACUAUCCGUGGGGGAAAUUUACAACCUGGCAACCUGCAGCAGCAAAGCGCAAGUGGGCAACGUUUUCGCCUGGCUGGAAACGAACCUGGAGAUUUACGGCGGCGCCUCGAAGUGGACCUUCGAAGCUUGCCGCCACCUCAACUGAAACGAGCGAACUGGCGGAUAAAUCGACUCCGCUGUGGUCGCAAGAGUCAAUGAAAGAAACUUGAGGAUCCACCGGAAAAUCUUUUAGAGGACAGAUACUUAUUUUCUGACAGAUUCUGUCUUUGGAAAAGUGGACCCGUUGCUUUGUCACCGAGUUUGUAAAACGAGAGUUCAGGCACAGUCGAAGGUAACGUAGUCUUUGAGCAAAGACCACAGACUUCCUUUUCCUGACUGCCGGGGAUUUUCACUGUGACAACUGACAAGGUGGACUUCUUCAAGAGAACGUGGCCAUUCGGUUCCUCCCCUUCCUUCCAUUGUCUACCGCCGACUGCUUGACGUGAUGACGUGCGAAGGGCGACGAGUCCGUUGCCAAACGUUCGAGCCUGAGUGCCUUGGACUGUCGGAAAAAAUCUCAGCACAUUUUAUGAGUAUGUGAGUUUAUUUCAUUGAGACUGUAAAGGUAGGUCAGAGCGUUCAAUUAUUCAUCAGUUUGUGC